AUUUAGGUUAGGCUACAAACGUUUCACCAGUGUGGAAUGGUAUUUAUCGAAAACUAACCUCCAAAUUGGAUUUACUCAAAAGUUCAGAAGAUGCUAACACAACGAAUGUCCGUGCUAGCCCAAAAGCUAAGCGGGUUUGUGUGUCUCCGAGAUAAGUCGCUUUUGCUUAUACAAGUUCGCGCAUAUGGUGUGGAUCAUGAAAUAAGGCAGCAUGAAUGGCGAGAGAAAGAAGCAAAUCCGAAACGGAGUACGCUUAACGACAAUUCAAAGAAGCCCGAAACAACCCUAUGGUUUUCGACCGAGGCACCGAAAGAACACGAUUUUGCUCUGACCAACAUCAAGAAUUGGUACGAAUAUCAGAUACUUAAACUCAAGAAGAAGAAUCAAAAAUUUAUGCCGCAAAGGUACGAGAUAUUAGGCGCCAAUCUGGCUACUGCUCACUUUAUUGUGCAUCGUGGAGGCAGAGUGAGGUUCAAGGAUUCCAGUUUUUGGAUAGAUUCAGACAAGGAUUUACCCAAUACGUACGACCCAUACUAUAUUCUCGAAGCAAUAGACGUCAAUGGGUUUGAUCUGCGUUACGAAGGUCUGAGUAAUCUGUGUAAUUUGACAAAUCUCCAGUGGCUUAGCAUGAAGAAUUGUAAAAAUAUCGACGACUGGGGCUUAGACAAAAUAUCAGCAGAGUUUCCGGAACUGGAGUACUUUGACAUCUCAGGCUGUGAGAAAGUCACCGAAAGAGGAUUGGAGGCACUGUAUAGAAUGAUCAAUUUGAAGAAAUUGAUUGUUACAAAUCACAACAAAUCUGCUGCGUUUGAGCUAACUUGUAUGAUGUUAGAAGAUUGUAUGCCUGGUUUAAUUUGUGAGAUUCUUGAACCCUUGGAAAUAUCAAAAGAGUAAUGUUAAUAAAGAGUCACCUCUAGUAAGAUUAUA